UUCAUCUUCUCAUCCUCUCUCUCUCCUUCUUUUGUUGCCAAACCUCUCUCACCUUCCCUCUCUUUAGUUAAAUUCACUUCAACACUCACAUCUUCGCAAAUGGAUAAUGAACUCGCCCAGACUGCCAUCGAAGGCCCUAAGCAAUUUAUUAAGGAUGGUGUUGCAUUCAUCAACCGUUGCACAAAGCCUGAUCGCAAAGAGUUCAUGCAAAUCACCCAAGCCGUCUCUAUGGGUUUCUUCGUCAUGGGCGUCAUUGGCUUCGUCGUUAAGUUGAUCCAUAUUCCCAUUAACAAUAUCCUUGUCGGCGGCGCUUAAAUGCUUUGAACAUUGCCAUCCUCUGCUCGAUUAUGCCAUUUCUGAUACGCACGUGUCACCCUUCAUCUGCUACAUUAUACACAUUUUUCUUCCAUUUUGACGUAAUAAACUUGAAACAUGUAUUCAUUUAAGAC